GGAGAUCGGAGGAGCAGAAGAAAGAAAAAAGAAGUGAAGAAGCGCGAGGAAAAAGAGAGAGAGAUAAAACCCUCGAGAUCUCUAACCCUUUUCCCCUCCUGCUCUCGCUCUCGCUCUCGCUCUCUCCCUCGCUCUCACUCGAGUCUCGGCGGUAGAGAAAAAGAGAAACAGACCGCGUUGGUUUGCUUUGCUCUCUCUUCUCUCUGCUCAUCUCUUUUCCCGGCCCUCUCGUUUCGCAAUCAUUUCGUCGAGGCGGCGAACCCCACGCUCUCCCCAAUCCAAUCCCUUCCUCCCUCAGCAAGAUAUAUAGUUUAAAAGCAAGAAGAGAGGAAGAGGAGGCAAUCCAUCGUCGGUCAACGCUCUCGGGGCCCUUGUCGUAAUUUCUGGAAGAUCCGAGGGCGAGAUUCAGUUAAAAAAAAGAGAAUGGGAUCGUUCAGGGGUCACGUGCUGCCCGGGAGCCUAUUCCUGGCGGUGGGAUUGUGGCACAUCUGGAGCGCGGCGGUUCGGUACGUGUCGGACCCGGUGGCGUUUCGGGUCCGGGUGUGGAAUCCGGCGGAGCGGUGGUUCGGCGGGAAGGCGCGGCACCUGGAGCUCUACGUGGUCGCCGGCGGCGCCUUCGUCGACAUGUGCGUCGAGUUAUUGUAUUCGCCUCACUUCCACUACUUCGUAGGACCCGAGAAGAUACUGAAUCCGGCGCACAUGAACGACUUCGAGCAUGGUGGAAUGCUCCUCAUGUUCUUCCUCUUCGGCGCCAUCGCCCUCCUCUCCGAGAAAACCAGCUUCCUACCCAUGCCGCAUGGAGCGCUUUGCCUGAUAGCCGCAUCAGCCUUCAGCGCGGAGUAUCUACUGUUCUCCUUCCUCACCACCCACAAGGGACUGGAAGGCUACUAUCACCUCAUCCUUGUCAUCCCGUCGCCCUUUGCAUGCCGCACGAUCGCUGGCGCUCUCUUCCCCACCAGUCUCGCUGUGGACCUUGGUAGCGGGGUUUCCAUCACUCUCCAGGGCCUGUGGUUCUACCAGACUGCUUUCACCCUCUACGGCCCCAUGAUGCCCCGGGUUGCCUCCUCGAUCGACAACGGAAUCAAGUGCCACUCGCAUGACAGCCAGGUCCGCGCGGAGCUGCUUGCCAACUACCUCUUCUCCCUUGUCUUUCUGAGCUUCCUCUAUGUUCUUGGAUGCUAUGCCAUCCGCGGCGGCCAUGGUUAUGGCCACCCAGAUUUGAGGAAAUUGCAUGCCUCUGCUCUGGCGAGCCAAGAAGGUGAUGAGAAUGGUGAGGUAGAGGCUGCCGGUCGGUUCUUUCCAGAGAUGAUGGCUGCUCAGUGA